GUGACUCGCGGGCGGAGCAGGAAGGAAACCGCUCCCAAGCCCGGCGGCCGCGUACUUCUCAGCCGUGCUGCCGCGGCUCCUACGGUCCCUCGGUUGGUCUGAGUGUCUCCUGUCUACAGCAUGAGUGGCCUGCGCGUCUACAGCACGUCGGUCACCGGCUCUCGUGAGAUCAAGUCCCAGCAGAGUGAGGUGACCCGCAUCCUAGAUGGAAAGAGAAUCCAAUACCAGCUAGUGGACAUCUCCCAGGACAACGCCCUUCGAGAUGAGAUGCGAGCCUUGGCCGGCAACCCCAGGGCUACCCCACCCCAAAUUGUCAACGGGAACCACUACUGUGGGGACUAUGAACUCUUCGUGGAGGCUGUCGAACAGAACACACUGCAAGAGUUCCUGAAGCUGGCCUGAGCUGCGAUGGCCACAGUUCCCUACCCACCUCCUCUCCAGGCCUUGAAGGACCUUGUGACCAACUCCCUGUCAUUCCUGAUCUCACCUUGGAGUCCCUCCCUUCAAACCCUGGCCCCUUCUGUAGCCUCCUCUCCUUCGUUCAGAAGCAACAUUCCUUGCUACCAACUGGUCUCAGAGACUGUCUUAAGCAAAGCCACCAUGCUGGCUGUCCCUGGCCAGGUCUUGGGGUUACCUCCCUGCCUGAUGGGCUUGUCUGUUGGUUCUAUCAGCCAGAUCUGCCAAAGGGCCUGCAUGCCCUUCCUGGGAGUGUCCUAGAGACAAUUAAAUGCCCAUUCCACUUGUGCUGUCUGGUUGUGGUGUCCUGGGUCCC